AGGAAUGGUUGGAGUCUCAAGGCAUGGAGAUAUCGAAAGAAGAAGCAUUACCGGUGGAUUCUUAUACCCAGAAAGAGAGAUGGAAAAACGUGCGCCCACCAAAAAGAUCAAAGGUCCAGGAAGAUCAACUUCUCCGGUUCCUACAAUACGAUGGAAAGGUGCUAAGCUUCGACGUGGUAUGGGAUGACCGUGACUCAGCUUUUGGGGAACUUAAGGAUUACAAGCUUCUCUAUUUCCUGCAAGAUGAUACUAUUGCGAUAAAGGAAAUCCACGACGGGAAGGGCGGAAAAGAUCCUUUUCCGCUGCUUCUAAGGAAAACAAAGCUGCCCAAGAAGUGGAAGGAGAAGCCUGUGGCUUUCCCAUCCACGGUGUUGGAGACGACGGAAGAGGAGGUGACCACGGAGUACUACGCUCCUCAGGACCUGAUCAUCGGGAACACGGUCUUCAUACUCGGAAGACGAUUCCUGAUUUGCAACUGCGAUGACUUCACAAGGAAAUACUACAGGUGAAGAUAGUUACA